AUGUCGGCCGCCGAGCUAAGGAGCCAGCUUAACACGCGCGUCAGCUACAUGUACGCCAUGGGAAUUCUAGACGAGUACUACCAAGAGCUUCAGCCGCCGCAGGACGAGGGCUUCGUCCCCGAGGUCAUCAACAUUUUCCUCCACGAGGCCGACAUGAUGCUCAAUGACAUCACCAGCCUUCUGAACCUGCCCGUCGUCAACUUCGAAAUGGUGGGCGAACUAGUGCACCAGCUCAAGGAGUACAGCGGCAGCGUUGGUGCUAGGAAAGUUAACCUUGCAUGCGUGCACUUCCAGCAGUUCUAUGAGGGAAAAAGCAAAGAAAGGUGCCUCAUGGCAUUGAAUGUUCUUAGGAAUGAGUUCUACGAUGUGCGCGACAGGCUACAGACCAUUAUGCAGUUGGAGAAGCAGAUUGCAACCUUGGGUCCUAAUUAA